AGUGGCAAAACAAUAAUCACGAUUGAAGCAAAUAUGGCUAUGAGGAAUGCUUCUCUGGUGGAGGUGGAGGCAGAUGUAGAGGAGGAAGAACAUUUUGGGCCGCAACCGGUUUCACGUUUGGAGCAAAGUGGCAUCAGCAGCAGCGACAUUAAGAAGCUGGAAGAUGGUGGUUUUCACACCGUGGAGGCCGUAGCGUAUGCGCCCAAGAAAGAGCUGCUGCACAUCAAAGGAAUCAGUGAAGCCAAAGCCGACAAGAUCCUGACAGAGGCUGCUAAGAUGGUUCCUAUGGGCUUCACCACAGCGACGGAGUUCCACCAGCGCAGAGCUGAGAUCAUCCAGAUCUCAACAGGGUCCAAAGAGCUUGAUAAACUCCUGCAGGGAGGAAUCGAGACGGGGUCCAUCACUGAGAUGUUCGGCGAGUUUCGCACAGGAAAGACACAGCUGUGUCACACACUGGCCGUCACAUGCCAGGUAAAAUAUAUUUUUCCUCUCUUUUUUUUUUUAAAAAGUUUCAAAGAAUACUGUUAUUCAGCCAUGACACAUUAA